CAUAGUCUCUGUUUCUUACCAAAACCAUGUGUAGCUUCUGGUAUCUUAUACUACCGAUUUCCUAUAUUCAUAUAAAUAAGAGCACACAUCAUUCAUUUUUUUCAUCAUCAAUCAAUCAACUACACUUUCUUAUUUACCAAACAAAAUUAUCUACUUCUUAAUUUCAUAUUCUGAUAUAUAUAUCAUGAUGAAUUGUGCAACAACUACAAGGAAGGCUUGGAUCGUGGCUGCUAGUGUUGGAGCUGUAGAGGCUUUGAAGGAUCAAGUUGGUAUCUGCAGAUGGAACUAUGCUUUAAGACAAGCUCAACAGCAUCUUAAAAACCGUGUUAGAUCGUAUUCUCAAGCAAAGAAUCUCUCUUCUUCUUCGCAUGUUGUUUGCAAAUUGAAGGAUGAGAAGAAGGCUAAGCAGGCAGAGGAGUCGUUGAGGACUGUCAUGUUCUUGAGCUGCUGGGGUCCUAAUUGAUUUAUUGUUAUAUUCAUAGUGAUGCUAAAUUAAAUUAAUUAUGUCAAAUUUGUAACAUCAAAUUGCAAUAUGUAUAAUAGAUAGUUUCUUCUUGAUA